CACAUACACAUCCACCUGGGUCGUAUUUAUUUAGUUUUAUGCAAAAAACGGCUUUACUUAAGUAUUUAUUUUAAACAGUACUUGAGAUGGCUGGCGGACAUAUCGUUAUUGCAAUCUUCUAAUGAUAAGAAAUUUGCAUUUCUUUGCUUUAUUUUUGUUUUUCUCUUCAUUUACAUAUAUAUUUGGCAGCUGACAAAAAAAAAAAAAAAAAAAAAAAAAACGCAAUCAAAUUUGGCUUUUGUUUUGACUUUUCGCUCACUUCUAAUGUAUUUACUGAGAAAAGAAAAAUGAAUUUUUUCAGUGUAUUGUUAGCCAUGUUAUGGAAAAGUCCAGGUUUUGCUGCUGUGAAGCCUUUCAAGCUGAAUCGCAUACAAGUUUUCCAUGACCAACAAAUAACCAAACAAAUCCCGUUUCGUUAAGGCAAUGUAACCCCAAAAGUGAACGGAGUCCAAUCACUUGCAUGCACGCAUACAAACAAACACACAUACGCACACCAACAUAAUAUAUACAUAUAUAUAUAUCAAAUGGCUUAUACUGUUCAGUAAGCGCCCUAAGCUGCUUGCCAAAACCAAAGCCAACACAUAUACAUAUAAAGACAUGCAUUUACUUAUACACUCGCUCGCUCGCUCGCUCACUAACUACAGCACGACUGGUUGUUGAAAAGUGGAAAAUGACGUUUUUCUAGAAAAACACAAUUUUUUGUUUUUUUCUUCUCUUUCUGCCAAGAUAUUUCUUCUAAUUUUUCGUAUCUUUUUUUUUUUUUAAGUCAACUCCAACAAUUUCGUUUAAUCGUGCAUAGGUAUUUGUGCUUAGGUGGAUGGAUAGAUUUAUAUAAGUUAGUUUGUUUGUUGUGUGUUUUGUUGAUAUUUCUGUGCUCUUCGUGUGUUCGUUCAUGAUAUUUUCUUUCGAUUAAAGGUUUUAUUAAAUGCGUGCGUGCAACUGAAAAGAUUGUGAGAAACAAAAAAAACUAUAACGAAAACACUCAUAAUAGUAACUAGAGAUGUAGAGAGAACGAAAGCGACAGAGAGAGAGAGAGAGAGAGAGAGAGAGGGUGAGAAUGAGAAAUGAAAUGCAAAAGAUGAGCCUGAAAGAGAAAAAGUUCACACAGAGCAGUAUGGUAACGAAGAGCUAAACGCUUAGAAACGAGUGAUUGAAGUGUAAACAAAAAGAAAAAAAAAAGAAAGGUUAACAAGUUUUAAACUAGUUUUGUGGUUAAAUGCCUGAAAAAGAAGAAAAAGAAAAUAAAUAAUAAAAAAAAAAAAAAAAAAAAAAAAAAAAGAAAAGAAAAACAAAAACAAAAUGCUAAAAACGCGUAACUAUAACGUAUAAACGAAAGACUGCUGAGCUGAAACUUUUUUUUUUUUCAUUUUCCUAACGAAAAAUAGAAAAAAAAAUUGAGAAAAGUGCAAACAUGACCUGAACGAGUGCGCGAAAAAUUAAAAAAACAGGAAAAAAGUGAUUUUCAAAAAACAAGAUUAAACGUGAAAAUCUCAAUUAAAUCUGGCUUAAAAAAAAAAAAAAAAUUGUUUCUAUCACAUUAUUGCACACGGUAAUCAAAUUGUGAAACGUAAAAUGUCUACGGGGCCAGUAAAAGUUUUAAAACAAUUUUUUUCUAUAUUAAACAUUGCUUAUCCAUAUCUGUAAACUUAUCCGUUUGUGUGCGCGUGUGUGUUUACUGGCUACACAAAACAAAACUCAAUAAAAUCUCGUAAUAAAACAAAAUACCUGUCGUCUGUGUACAAAAUAACUUUUAUUAAAACUACAAACUACUGCUACUGCCACUAGUACUACCACUAGUACUACAACGUAUGUUCUACGUACGUACACAUGUACACUUGUAAAAAUCAACACCAAAUACGAUUUGUUAUAUAUAUGUGUACGUUCAUUAUUUUAUUGGAAUAUCAUACGCAACAUAACAUUAAUUUGUAAGCGUUGUGUGCUUAAUACAGCCGCCAGCAACAUCGUCAGCAUCACCAUUAUUUUGACUGUCGUGAUUGUUUGACAUCAAACAAUUCUACCAACUUACAAAUAGUGAUUCUUCUUUCUUUUUUUUCUUUUUUUUUUUUAUUUAUUUAUUUUAUUUUUGUUAUUUUUUUUUGCGUUUUCGCUCGUACUCUCUUGUUAUUUGUGUUUGUAUUUGUAAACAUGAUGGCAACUUGGAAAUACUUUCUGAUCGGAGUUGCAGUGUUGUCCAUUACGCAAGCUGAUGAAUCCCUCGAUACACGAGAAAACACAGAUCUCACAUUAAAAUGCAGAUUCACGGAACAGUACGAUGCCGACGACUUCACAUUUUACUGGGCACGCUGGACGGCGAAUCCUGCUCAAUUCGAAAACGUUGCCAUUGGUGAGGUGCAGCUGAAUUCGGGUUAUAGACUCGAUUUCCGUCCGAAGAGUGGCAUUUAUGAUCUGCAGAUUAAAAAUACCUCAUAUAACCGUGACAAUGGACGGUUUGAGUGCCGUAUCAAAGCCAAAGGCACCGGGGCUGAUGUGCAUCAGGAAUUUUAUAAUUUAACUGUUUUAACACCGCCACAUCCGCCCGUCAUAUCACCUGGUAAUGUGGCCGUCGCAACUGAAGAUAAACCAAUGGAAUUGACUUGCAGCAGUAUUGGCGGUUCGCCCGAUCCAAUGAUAACAUGGUACCGGGAUGGUAGCAGUGCGCCAUUACAAGCUGCUGUACUCAAAGGCGGCUCAAAAGAUCAACCCACCAAUGCAACGCUGGCCAUUGUACCGCGUCGGGAGGAUGAUGGUGUCAUAUUUAAAUGUGUUGUUUGGAAUCGUGCCAUGAACGAGGGCCAACGCUUGGAAACCACAACCACGUUGAAUGUUAAUUAUUAUCCACGUGUUGAGGUCGGACCAGAGAAUCCAUUACGUGUAGAACGUGAUCGAACUGCUAAACUGGAAUGUAACGUUGAUGCAAAACCUAAAGUACCUAAUGUUCGUUGGACACGCACUGGUCGUUUCAUUAGUUCAUCUCUGGUGCACACUAUACAUCGUGUUAGCAAUCAGGAUGCUGGCAAAUACACAUGCUCGGCGGACAAUGGCUUGGGUAAGGCUGGCGAACAAGAGCUGAUACUUGAUAUACUCUAUCCGCCUACCGUCGUUAUUCAAUCAAAGACACGUGAAGCUGAAGAGGGUGAAACGGUUAAUAUUCGUUGCAAUGUCACCGCAAAUCCUGCUCCCAUUACCGUGGAAUGGCUGAAGGAAGGCUCCCCCGAAUUUCGUUAUUCGGGCGAAGUUUUGACAUUGUCUUCGGUGCGCGCUGAAAACGCUGGAAAUUACAUAUGUCGCGCUGUUAACAUUAUGGAAUCUUAUGGUCAAGAACGAAAUGAGAGAAUAGGUAAUUCCACGGUAGCAUUAUUGGUACGUCACCGACCAGGUCAGGCGUAUAUUACACCAAACAAGCCGAUCGUUCAUGUAGGUAACGGAGUUACUUUGACUUGCUCUGCUAAUCCACCUGGAUGGCCUGUGCCCCAGUAUCGUUGGUUCCGUGAUAUGGAUGGUGAAUUUUCCACUUCUCAAAAAAUCUUAGCUCAAGGGCCUCAAUACUCAAUACCAAAGGCUCAUUUAGGCAAUGAGGGCAAAUACCACUGCCAUGCUGUUAAUGAGUUAGGUAUUGGUAAAAUGGCUACGAUUGUAUUAGAAAUUCACCAGCCACCGCAGUUUUUGGCGAAAUUACAGCAACACAUGACUCGCAGAGUGGCUGACACAGAUUACGCAGUUACUUGCAGUGCUAAAGGCAAACCCGCUCCAUCUGUACGUUGGCUUAAAGACGGCGUCGAGAUUUUACCUGAACUUAAUUUGUACGAAGUAAAAACCAAUCCCGAUCAAGGACCGAAUGGAAUGGUUACCGUCCAAAGUAUGUUAAAAUUUCGUGGAAAAGCUCGUCCUAAUGGCAACCAAUUGGUACCAGGUGAUCGUGGCCUCUACACUUGCCUCUAUGAAAACGAAGUAAAUUCAGCGAACUCAAGCAUGCAAUUGCGUAUAGAACACGAACCAAUCGUUUUGCAUCAGUAUAAUAAAGUAGCUUUCGACAUACGUGAAACGGCAGAAGUAGUGUGUAAAGUACAAGCGUAUCCUAAACCCGAAUUUCAGUGGCAAUUCGGCAACAAUCCUUCACCAUUGACUAUGUCAUCAGAUGGUCAUUAUGAAAUCAGUACCACCACCGACAACAACGACAUAUAUACCUCGGUAUUACGUAUCAAUUCUCUAACCCAUGCAGACUAUGGAGAAUAUACAUGUCGUGUAGUUAACUCCCUAAAUACAAUACGAGCACCCAUACGUUUGCAACAGAAGGGUUCUCCUGAAAAACCAACAAAUACUAGGGCAAUUGAUGUAGGCUCAAAUUACGUCACUCUCGCUUGGGAUCCCGGUUUUGAUGGCGGUAUUAGUAAUACCAAAUUCUUUGUCAGUUACCGUAGGGUUCCCAUGCCACGCGAAGAACAGCUGAUACCCGACUGUGCUACUCUGAUUACUAGUAACACGGAGUGGAUGGAAUUCGAUUGCCAUCGGGAUAACCCGUGCAAAGUUACCCCACUCGAUCAGCAUCAGAGCUAUGCCUUUAAAGUGAAUGCCCUUAACACGAAAGGCAAUUCGCCAUAUUCUAAUGAAAUUCUCACGACCACUAAAGUUAAUAAAAUACCCCCACCACUACAUGUUACAUACGAUCCGAAUUCUCGUACUUUGGGCAUCAAUGUGGGCGCUACUUGUUUGUCUCUUAUCGCUAUUGUUGAGUCCAUGGUGAAUAGCGAUACGCCUAUGGCGGCUUGGGAGAUAGUUGAUCAAGUCAAUUUGCAAUUAUCCGGUAACGGUCCAACCUUUAAGGAAACCGUUAUCGACCGCCUAAUAGCGCCACGCCGUGGUUCGGCGGGUCGUUCAUUGGGCCAUUCGUUAAGCGACGAUGACGACGACUUAAGUAUGAAUACUUUGGCUCUGGAGGAUGACAACACCCCGACUGUACGUGUGAAACUAUGUCUGCGUACCAACCAUGAUCAUUGCGGUGAUUACACCGAUGCCGAAAUUGGUCGUGCCUAUAUAGCUGAAGCAUCUGCCCUAGGAACACCUGCGCUAAUAGCCAUAAUCGUUUCGUGCAUUGUGUUUGCUUUGUUUGUUGGUUUGCUACUAAUGUUUUGUCGUUGUAAACGCAAUCAAUCGAAAAAGAGCACAGCAGCCAAAGACUAUGAAAUGGACUCUGUACGACCAUCCAUUGUGGCGGCCCAACAGAGUCAAGCGCCGCCACCCUAUUAUCCGGCGAGUGGCUUGGAUAACAAAGCUCUUGAACACUCCAUGGACUUGGCUUUAAACAUGGAGGAUCAAAAGAGUGCCUUGUAUGCCACGCAAAAUGGUUACAGCUAUCAUACCGGCAGUGGCAUAGUAGGUGGAGGUGUUGGCAUACCCGGACACACGAUGCCUGGCAAUGAGUGGGUCAACAUGGGAUAUAUCGAGAAUAAUUAUUCCAAUUCGAAUAACGGUGGAAGUGUCAAUUCACAAGAUUCAUUGUGGCAGGUGAAAAUGUCAGGUGCAGCUGGUAAUCAACCGAAUAUGAUGCCAGUUUCGCACAAUAAUUAUGUGGAACAGCAGCCCACUUACGGUUACGAUCCUUUGACACAUGGCGGCUACGGAGGUGUCGACGAUUACGCACCAUAUCCUCAAUUAACAGCUACUCCCAGUCAGCAUGGAGACGAAUAUCAUAAUUUACGUAACAGCCAAAAUCCUUCAAGACAAGACUAUUGCAGCGAUCCGUAUGCAUCGGUGCAAAAACCCAAAAAACGUGUUGAUCAGCAUUUGGAUUCACCAUAUCACGACGUAAGUGGCCUGCCAAAUCCAUAUAAUAUGGAGCAUAUGGAACAAGAUGAAGUGAUAUCACCACAGCAACACAUGUCCCUCAGCUAUGACGACAGUUUCGAGGGUGAAUACUCAUCAACACCCAAUUCCCGAAAUCGUCGUGUGAUACGUGAAAUAAUUGUGUAGAUUUUCUGCUGCUAAAAAUGUUUAUUAUUAUUAUUUAGAUUUUUUUUUGGUUUUUUCAUUUUUCUUCUUUUUUUUUUUUUCUUUGUUGAACAUUUACUUGUUAAACAACACACCAACCAACGAAUCUUUAAAAAAUUUUGCAAAAUUUCGCGUAUCUUAUAAAACAUUCAUCUUUCAUAUAAAUAUUAUAUGUGGUAUUCCUUAAAAAUUCUUUAACCGCUCAUACCGUUAACUAACUAUAUUUACUUAACUAACGUAAUGCAUUUUUCAUCUGAUGAUUGAAUGCGUUAAGCAUUCCGUUAUAACAUCCAUAACACUUUCUGAAUAUUUUGAUGGGAAAGGAAAACGAAAUGAAUAUAAGAAGAAAAACGAAUUUUAGCAUUAAAUAAAUUCAGUAUAGAAAACGAAAAUGAAAAAGCAACAACAACAAACAAACAAACUUAAUUUACUUUGAUAUACUUAUGGUAGUUCUUAGACAUUUCUAUAUUAAUUAAGUUUAUAUAUUGAUAUCAACGAAAAACUGCGAAUUGCUUUAGAUGAAAUUUAAGACCAACAAUUUUUUUAGUGUUGCCAUCUUUUUUUUUUUUCUUUUUUUUUUUAUUAAUAUUUUUUUAUAUACA